AUCCCUGCUGUCCCAGUGCUCACUCUCUCUUUCUGUCUCACUCUCUGCGCUGCCCGCCUGAAUACAGUCUACAGCCGUGAGUGCUACUGAGUUACCACGGACAGACAGAGAGCAGACUGGCUGGUUGGACCGGUGCGUUUUCGAUACAACACUGCAUCAUUGUCUCAGAGCAGAGGGAAGGCAGACUUUAGCACAGGUACAUACUGGUCUUCACAGAUAGAGGCAGAAAUGUUGUUUAAAUUUGCAAUAGUCCUGCUGGUUUUGUCACUUUUGGAGCAAGUGGUGGGAUUGGAUAAUAUCGAUGUUCAUGACAACCCAUCAGAGAAACCGGCAAGCCAGAAAGGACGGAUGUCUCUGCAGAACACAGCUGAGAUCCAGCACUGUCUGGUGAGUGCAGGAGAUGUGGGCUGCGGUGUGUUUGAGUGUUUUGAGAACAACUCCUGUGAGAUCAGAGGCCUGCAGGAGAUCUGUCUGACCUUCCUACACAACGCCGGAAAGUUCGACUCCCAGGGUAAGUCGUUCAUCAAGGAUGCUCUGAAGUGCAUGGCCCAUGGCUUGAGACACAAGUUCAGCUGCAUCAGCAGGAAGUGCUUGGCCAUUAAAGAGAUGGUGUUCCAGCUGCAGAGAGAGUGUUACCUCAGACACAACCUGUGUUCUGCAGCCAAGCAGAACGUUGCUGUCAUGGUGGAGAUGAUCCACUUCCAGGACCUCUUCCCUAAAGGGCCGUAUGUGGAGCUGGUCAACAUCCUACUGAGCUGUGGGGAGGAGGUGAAGGAGGCCUUGUCUAGGAGUGUCCGGCUGCAGUGUGAGCAGAACUGGGGGGCUCUCUGUGACAGCCUGAGUGUCUGCUCUUCCCUCACCCCCCCUCCUGGUCAGGCCCCCGCCCCCGCCUCCCCCGACCACCGCCGCCACAGGUCCCCCCACUCCGAGCCAGACCACCCCAGACCCCCCCGACAGGGGGACAAGGACAAGCCCAGUAAAGGCGGCUUCAACGCCCACCCCCGCAGCCGCAGCCAGGGUCCCCGUCGACAGAGCCCCGAGGCUGGGGUGGCGGCGGAGCAGGAAGGCUCUGAGGCCACAGACAUCCGGAGGUGAAGAGACAUUGAACCCUAACUAUCCAGAGCCCUCCCUGACCGUGUCACCAUCAUAGCCCCCCCCUCCCACACACACACACACACACACACACACGCAUACACACACACAGACAUACACAUAGACAGAUACUGUACAUGCAAGAACACACACAUCUACACACAUACACAGACUCACUCUCUCUUUCUCUCGCUCUCUCCGUCCUCUAUCCCUCUCUCCGUCCUCUAUCCCUCUCUCUGUCCUCUAUCCCUCUCUCCGUCCUCUAUCCCUCUCUCCGUCCUCUAUCCCUCUCUCCGUCCUCUAUCCCUCUCUCCGUCCUCUAUCCCUCUCUCCCCCUCUCCUCUCCAGUCAUUCCAGAAGUCCUAAAUGGUACAUCUGCAGGGUAACUUGGUGUAGCUCGUUCAGUUACUCCAGAUUGUAGUCCACGAUGUUGUUUCUGUUUAGUCUUAUUAUCCUGAUUUUAUUUGAAGUGUUAGGACUUCUUGGGCUCUAAUAUAGCGUUUCUCAAAUCAUACUCACUGUAACAUCUGAUUAUAUUUGUAUUAUUUAUUUUAUUCUUUAUGCAAUGUUUAAAUAUCCAAAUGUACAUAGAAAUAUACAUAUCUAUAUUUAUACAGUAUGAACAUGUAUAAAUAUAGUCACCAUAUAAGAUUAUAGUACAUGGUGUGUUCUGUUGUAUACCACACCAGACUCCAUCACCACCCAUCUGUAGAUAUGCAACAUUCAGCAUUGUUGUUUCAAAGUGGGAAUGUGUUGUUAGUAUUAUAAUACUAGAUACUUGAUGAUUAAAUACAAACUGUACAGGUUUUGAAGCCCAGUUCUGGCACAUAUGGCUUGUUGUGCAUGAGGUUGGGUUACCAUGGCAAAGUAAACAAACUGGUACAUUCUCCGAUGGCCAGCUUCCAUCGUUAGGAUUCCUACUAUUAGGGCACCCAGGUCACAGUGUCUGUCUGUAGCAGCAUAUGCAUACUGUGUCUCAAAUAGCACCCUAUUCCCUACAGAGUGCACUGCUUUUGACCAGGGCCAUAUGGGCCAAUAAGGUUGCAGACAUAGCGUAGGUUUAGUUCUCUCAGAAAACCCUCCUCUGAUCUCAGCUAAUGUGCUAAUGCAUCCAGGUGCCUCAACAUGCUGGUUCCAUCUGUAGUGACUCCUCUCUGAGAGGCUGAGGUUUACUAGAGUUCACUCGACUGGGGUGACAAUGUCGUACAGUAAGUAGCACUAGAACAAUUCAAAGGUGAUUUUCAAUUGAUUCGGUUUAAAGAUUAUUGAAACUUAUAUUGGACUCUUAGGUACAAACAUUUCUGUUGUUGUGGGAACAGACUCGCAGACAGUCCUACAGACACGCUACAGACAGUCCUAUAGGAACGCAGUAGACGGUCCUACAGACACGCUACAGACAGUCCCACAGACACGCUACAGACAGUCCCACAGACAUGCUACAGACAGUCCUACCGACACGCUACACACAGCCCUACCGACACGCUAUAGACACCUUACAGACAGUCCUACAGACACGCAACAAACAGUCCUACAGACACACAACAGACAGUCCUAAAGACACAGAACAGACACGCUACAGAGAGUUCUACAGACAUGCUACAGACAGUCCUACAGACACGCUACAGACAGUCCUACAGACACACUACAGACAGUCCUACAGACAUGCUACAGACAGUGCUACAGACAUUCUACAGACAUGCUACAGACAGUGCUACAGCCAUGCUACAGACAUGCUACAGGCAUGCUACAGGCAGUCCUACAGACACGCUACAGACAGUCCUACAGACACGCUACAGACAGUGCCACAGACAUGCUACAUACAUGCUACAGACAGUCCUACAGACAGUGCUAGAGACAGUCCUGCAGACAUGCUACAGACAGUCCUACAGACACGCUACAGACAGUGCUAGAGACAGUCCUACAGACACGCUACAGACAGUCCUACAGACAGGCUACAGACAGUCCUACAGACAGGCUACAGACAGUCCUGCAGACAGGCUACAGACAGUCCUAUAGACAGGCUACGGACAGUCCUACAGACAUGCUACAGGUAGUCCUACAGACAAUCUACAGACAGUCCUACAGACAGUGCUACAGGCAUGCUACAGACAUGCUACAGACAGUGCUACAGACAGUCCUACAGACACGCUACAGACAGUGCUACAGACAGUCCUACAGGCAGUCCUACAGGCAGUCCUACAGACACGCUACAGGCAAUGCUACAGACAUGCUACAGACACGCUACAGACAGUCCUACAGACAGUAGCACCCCAGUAACUGCAUCUCAGCAAGCAUCACUAGUGUGAUUGAUUGAUUGAUUGAUUAGUAUGAUUGAUUUGUGUGAUUGAUUGAUUAGUAUGAUUGAUUAGUAUGAUUGAUUGAUUGAUUGAUUGAUUGACAGGUGUGGUUCUGAUGAUACCACUGAUUGCUGUACAGCUGAAGCCAUCUCCAGACUCACCACUCUAACUGAAGACAGUCUGUACACUAACGUGACACCACAAGACUAUGAAAGCCCACUGAGCUAAAGGCUUAGGCAUUACCCCAGGGAGAUAACACAAAUAUUGUGCUUUCUGCCAUCGAAGCGUUGUAUGCAAUCAAGUAACUGGAAGCAGACAAUCAACAGUGUCUUCCUGUAUAAUCCCCAGGUCAGACCAGGGGAGGCAGAGGAGGAGGAGGUGGUAGAGGAGGAGGAGGUGGUAGAGGAGGAGGAGGUGGUAGAGGAGGUGGUAGAGGAGGAGGAGGUGGUAGAGGAGGUGGUAGAGGAGGAGGAGGUGGUAGAGGAGGAGGUAGAGGAGGAGGAGGUGGUAGAGGAGGAGGAGGUGGUAGAGGAGGUGGUAUGAACGCGUUCUGUUCUUGCCCCCUCUCUCUCUUCCUUUCCAGAGUCCUAUGCUAAAAUGGCACCCUAUUCCCUACUAUGGGCCCUGGUCAAUAGUAGUGCUAUGAGCACUGGUCAAAAGUAGUGCACCAUAUAGGGAAUAGGGUGCCAUUGGGACGCAUCCCCAGCAAGUCCACACUUUGGGGCUCAGUCCGCUGUUAUUCUAAAUUGUAUAUUUACCAAGGCCACCAGAGAAUUCCUCUGUGCUACAGCCAAGAGCUGUCCGGCCGCACGGGGAGAGAGAGAGAUGAAGGAGAAAAGGAGGAUGAGAACUACACUCAACGGUUCCUGAGGAGACACAAUUUCUAGAUUUCUCUCCUCCACGUCCUCCCUGUUCCUUCUUCCACCACUUCUUGUAGUUCUGAGGUGUCUGUUGGCCAGUCAUGCUAUCCUGACCCUCUGUUUCUAUUCAGAUGAGAGGACAACCUAUUGCAGUUUAUUGACUUAUCUUUGGGCACCAGGUGUGUAAUUCUAUUAAGAAUGUAAACGACUGUAACUGACCAUAUGUUCCAUACUCUGUCACUAUCUUCUCCAUUUUGUGUUCCAGGAGAAAUAGACUGACAGGGCUUCCUACUUCUUGUUUCUCAGUGUUCCCUACAGCACAUCACUUCCUCUACACCCCCAGAAUGACCUUGCAGAAUGUAGUCUGGUAUGGUUUUACUUCACAUGUCUGAUAAUGUGUAUACAAACAGUACUAUGAAACUCUGAAAUCAAAAUCAACAGAAAUGUAUCUUGUUAUCAUUAAAAGUGACUUUUUUUGUGGA